ACAGGACAGCCUGGGCAAAUCCAGAAUUGCUUUGCACCUAGCUAUUCCCAUGGACGGCUUGAUCAUCAUGGUCGCGCGCGCAAUUGCAAGUUGUUAUCCUGCAAGGAAUUUGACUUGGAUAUCCGAUCUCCCCAUGUCGUCAACACAGCAACCGUCGCAGCAGCAGUAGACCAUAGAUUAAGCUACUACAUUUUCCGCGACAUUGUUUUGGCUUCCGCUCGUGACUAAGUCUAUUACCACAUAUAUAUAAGUUCUGAUUUAAUAUGUCGACAGUAGAACAAACGGAAGUGACUGUGGAUUCCGAUCGAGGUCGGGAUAGUUAUGUGAGCAAUGAUGAAGCGCCAGCAAAAGGAUUAAUUUACGGCUCAUCCAACGAAGUGAUUGAGCUCAAUGUUGGCGGUGUGCUGUACUCUACUACUACAAGCACGUUAGUCAGAGAUUCCGAAUCAUUGCUUGCCAAAAUGUUUCAAUCCGGAUCAGCAAUUACCUUACCAAAAGAUUCCAAGGGUCGAUAUUUUUUGGACCGCGACGGGGUUCUCUUCCGGUAUGUUCUCGACUAUCUACGCCAGGGUCGAUUAAUACUACCCGAGAAUUUCUAUGAGAAGGAACGUCUCAAAGCGGAAGCCGAUCAUUUCAAGCUGCGUAAAAUGAUUAAAAAUGUGGAUAACACUCCUCAUACGGGCAGCGCCGGCGCUCGAUCUAAUUCGCUUAUGCCCAAUAAAAAUCAAUCUCUGAGUAGUUCCAUGCAGUCACUGCCGUUGAGUCCCAGCGCCGACCUGCAGCGUCCUGCUUACAUAACAGUGGGAUACAGAGGAACAUUCUUCUCUGGAACUGGCCCAGCCGAAGCGAAGGAUGUUAAAUUUCGGAAAUUGUCCCGAAUCCUCGUAUGCGGCAAAGUUGCAAUUUGCAGAGAAGUGUUUGGUGAAUCCCUAAAUGAAUCCCGUGACCCUGACCGCGGAGCCAACGAGCGGUAUUCAUCGCGAUUCUUCUUGAAACAUAACCAUUUGGAGCAGGCUUUCGAUCAACUCGCAUUUGCUAAUUUCCGGCUGAUAUGCGGCUGCGCGUCAGGAACUAACUCGUCGUAUGAACAACCGAAGCCAGGAUCCGACCACGAGGAAAACAAAUGGGCUCACUACAAUGAAUAUACAUUUCAGCGCCUUUAAUACAGGGAACAGAUCACCGGAAAUUGUUCCAUAAACAGCAAAACGUGCGUGCAGCAGCGUGGAUUAUGUGUUUGUUUUCCUUUGCUCCUGAAACCUUUGCAAUUAAGUACUGUUUGCCGCGACAUCCAAGCAUUAGGAAUGUUUAUUAAGAGAAAAUUUCAGUAAGUUUUGCCAGCCGCUGCAUAUACUUUUCUGCAGAGCAAUGAGCAACCAGUGAUGGCAUCGCCAUGAUCACGAAAUAAUGGAUCUCAUUAAUCAAAAAAAUUUGCUUCCGUUCGUUACACAUUGUCAUGUACUUGUAUUCGCGGUUAAAUGUUGUACGACGUACAUGGACCCGUAAAUUUAGUAGAUUUAGGCGGAGAACUGGAUUUGCUGUUAUAGUUGAACAAUUUACCCUUGUUUACCCAUCUUUAGCCUUUUUCGUGCAUCAGCUAAGCGGUAGCGAGUGCAAGUAAAUGACAAUGUCCAACCCAAAUUUUUAGUUUCUGUUUUUUAUUACCUUUGAGAUGGGAUAUAAACGUGCGUAAACACACUACAGAAAUCUUUAUCCGAAAUUGUGCAUUUGUAAAGUCGUUGAAUGUCCUAUAUAUA